AUGUUGCAAGUCGAGUAUCCGUGUCGUGAAACUUUAUCAUCCUACCAAAAUCAAAGUAAGCCUGCUGUUGUUACAUGGGCUGAAGCGAAAAAACAUUUACAUGAGGUUCGCCAACGACGUCAAGAUGAGUUGGCAUCAAAUAUCAAAGAAUGUCAUAAACUACAAGCUAUUCAUAAACAAAUGUUUAAUCAUCAAGUCGAUUCGUUUUCAAAUGAAAAACUUCCCGAUAUUAAACCAAUCAAGUCAAUAAAUAAUGAAUAUUCUUCAUCUACAAAUAAAUAUUCUAUACCAAGACUUGAAUAUGCUUCUAUUAUUUAUCGAAAAGCAAUACCUACAUUUGAAUUAGAACCACCAUCGAAAUUAGAAAAAAGUUUACCUAUUAUCAACGAGCUGGUGCACAAUUUAUCCGAAACUCAAAAUAUAAGCUCGACUCCAAAAAUAGCGACUAAUCCAUUAUUAUUAUCAGUAAAAAACGAUCAGCAAAGAUGUUUAAGUGUUUCACCUGUUUUAUCAAUUGAUAAACGUGCUAAUAAAGUCUAUGAAACAUGGCCAGAUUAUAAUCAAAUAAGCGAAAUAGUUGGGUAUCGUAUUAAUCCUUCACCUGAAAAAAAACCGACGUCCGAUGCGGUACCAUCAGAUCCUUCAGCUAGCCGGAGUAAACGUAAAGCAUCGAUUCGAUUUCCUGCAGCUUCUAAACAAAUAAAAAACUUAAUCAGUUUAAAUUCUACAUCAAUACGACGAAACCUAUCAAAAGCAAAACAACCACUGCAAACUAAUAUGACACCAGCGACUAAUGAUAAAUCUUCUCUAGGAAUCGAACCACUUAAAAAUACGCCAGCUAAAGAAAUCAAACCAAAACUUCCGAAUAUCAUUUGUCCAUCAUCGGUUGCCUAUUCAAGUCGAGCUCAAACUCGCCAAUGGUUAUUGAAACAUAACUUUUCUGGCAAUGCAAUGCAUACUGUUCCUCUUCUGUAA